ACGCAGCCUCUGUAUAUACACUAAAGCAUAUGGCUACCUUCGCCAUGCGGCACGGUGGAUGCGUCACCCCUGAGCGCGUAUAUAUUGUGUGUUGCUUGCCUGUAUUAUGUGUCGCUUGUGAUUAAUUGGAAUUUAUUACCUGUGUGUUAUUUAUACAAGUACGCACGAUGCAAUAGAUCAAUGAAUGACAAGAAUUGGCCGAUGCAUAAUUAAAAGCGUGAUAUAUAAUUCGCGAGUUCUUAUCUCGCGAUGGGCAAUUGCAUCAGGAGUAUGCUGAAGAAGCUACAAAGAAAUCGUAGCACAGAGAGAACCAUUAUCCUGCUCAUUGUGGGAUUGGACAAUGCCGGAAAAUCUUUGAUUUUGAAUCAUAUCAGUGGUGAUCCUGAUCAAAAUGUAUUGCCUACAAUGGGGUUCCGCAUGGUAUCCUUAAAGCACAAAUCCUAUUUAGUGAAGAUAUAUGAUGUUGGUGGCAGUUCACAAAUUAGAGCAUUGUGGCCUAAAUAUUACAACGAUAUACACGGUCUUAUAUAUGUGGUGGAUGCUAGCGAUAUUUCCCGUCUUGCUGAAAAUAAAGUUGUAUUUAACGAAUUAAUCACACACGAGCAUAUCUCGACGAAACCAUUGUUGUUACUUGCCAACAAACAAGACUUGAACGGUGCUAUCGACGAAUUGGACCUGGUUGAGAACCUGGACGUGGAACACGCGGCCAACGCUAUGAAGUGUCCUACCAGAGUGGAAACAUGUUCUUGCGUUUACAACAAGGAACAAUCCAAGAGUAACACUUCUUUGGGCAUAAGAGACGGGUAUAAGUGGUUAUUGGACACGAUCGUGAAGAAUUACACAGUGUUGAACAGCAGAACGAAACAGUCGCAACGAUCUCAAUGUGAGAGAAUCAAGGAUUCGCAGUCUGUUGCAUCAAAUACGCCGUCGAGAAUAUCCGUUCACUCGAAUCCCUUUAAACCUAUCAAAGAUCUCUUGGCGUCGAAGGAUGAACUCGUGAUAAGUGAGUCACGCAAUGGUACCAGUGGCGGGAAAAGCAUCGCGAAAGCUUUCGUGCGGAGAAACAAGACUGCCCCUCUUCCACAUGAGCAAUCGAUUAUCGAGUACGAAAAUCUCUCGCCUAAUGUGGAAGCUCUACAAUCCCCCGACUUGGCCGGAGAGAAGAGCACGCAAACUAUGACAACGAUAUUAGAUCCCUUGAACUUGGAGAUCGAUCAUCGCACCAGUUACCCGCACACGAAACUAAUCCGUCCGUACACCGCGCCAGAAAGAUCGCAACGAUUACCGAACAAGAUGACGAUCAUUAAUAUUCCCGGACAAGUGCCCCAAUAACAAGAUUUGUAAUCUUUUUUUUAUACUUAAUUGAUUCAGGGACCAAGUUGUACUUUAUCUGUAAUAACGUAAGUGCAAAGCCGUGUAUUCGCAGCUACAUCAUUGCAGGAAACACUGUGCCCUUUCAACGUGCGUGGCUUUUGAACAUUGCCA